AUGUCCACCACCGAAAAUGCGAUCCGGGCUCACCCGCCGCCGGACUCAUCUGAAGAGCUACGGCAGCAGCGGCCUCAGCAGCAGCCGUCAGGCGCAUACUUUCCACUGGGAUACAAAGAAGCUGCCUAUCAAUGGUGGUCGAGCGUCACGCCAUCCAUGGCCGAGCGCAACGUGCUCAAACACAUUCCCUUUCUCAAAGAGGCCACCACCAGCAUGGGCAGCCUCUCUACCCCCGACACGGCCGACUCUUUCGGCACCAGAAUAUGGAGGCGGUCUCUGGUCCAGCUCUCCGGCAAGAACCGCGCUCUCAACGAAUUCUCCGUUGAGCGUGUUGGUGAGGAGACCGAAGAGACGCUGGUCAUGGUCCACGGCUACGGUGCUGGCCUGGGCUUCUUCUACAAGAACUUCGAGCCCAUCUCCCGCAUCCCCGGCCUGAAGCUGUACGCCCUCGACAUGCUAGGCAUGGGCAAUUCGUCCAGGCCGCCGUUCAAGAUCCACGCCAAGGACAAGGAGGGUAAGGUUAUCGAGGCGGAGAAUUUUUUCAUUGACGCCCUGGAGGAGUGGCGUAAGGCAAGGAAGAUUGAGCGCUUUACCCUGCUGGGUCACUCCCUGGGCGGUUACUUGGCCGUCUCCUAUGCCCUCAAGUAUCCGGGACACUUGAAGAAGCUCAUUCUUGCUUCUCCUGUCGGUAUCCCAGAAGACCCGUAUGCCGUCAACGCCGCUCUCCCCGAACCCGGCGAAUCCACGAUGCAGAACGAGUUUACCGUAGACCAGCAAACCACGACCACCACCAAGAACGGUGCCGCCGUUCCGCCCAAACGCCCUUAUCCCAGCUGGCUUGUCUGGCUCUGGGACGCCAACGUAUCGCCUUUCAGCAUUGUGCGAAUGGCUGGCCCUCUUGGUCCACGUUUCGUAUCUGGCUGGACUUCGCGACGAUUCAACCACCUCCCCGCUGAGGAAGCCCAAACCCUGCACGACUACUCGUUUUCCAUCUUCAAGCAGAAGGGCAGCGGUGAGUAUGCCUUGGCAUAUAUUCUAGCACCAGGAGCGUUCGCUCGCCGACCAGUCAUCAACCGCAUCCAGAAUGUUGGCCGACAGCCCAUCACCGGACCAGACGGCCAGACUGUUGCCAAAGAGACUGGCAUCCCCAUCGUCUUCAUGUACGGAGAGAAUGACUGGAUGGAUGUUGCCGGAGGUCUUGCUGCUGAGGAGAAGCUGAAGCAGCUAAAGGCCAACAUUAUGCGCACCGGCACAGAAGAGGAGAAGCGCAACGAGAACGGAAGCUGCAAGGUUGUCAUUAUCCCCAAGGCUGGCCACCACUUAUACCUUGACAAUGCCGAAUUCUUCAACAACAUUAUGAGGAAGGAAAUGGAAGAUGUUAAAGCGACGGAGAAGCGCAGGCAAGCAGCGGCGUCAUCAUAG